AUGCCAAGCCGACGGAACGGUCCAGAGGCGCAAGGUGACCGGCAACAUGAUUCGAAUUUGCCCAUGGCAGUUGCCACCGAAACAACCAGUCUCCUAGGCACGGUUGUUGAGGAGACUGGGAAAGUCACCGCGGCAAGCAAUGUACAAGGCGCCAAGGGGGCUUGGAACGGCCUGGCCGACUUUGAAGGACUGCCUUGGUGGCGAAAGCCGUCGGUCUUUUGGUUGCUGGCGCCGUAUUCAGUCUUCACCCUUGCUUUUGGAAGUGUCAUUGUGCCCAAGUUGAAUCUGAUUCUCGACCUGGUAUGUCAGCAUUACUUUGCAAGUAAACAGCAUCUGCACCCGGAUCCCAACGCCAGGCCCGUCAUUCUGGGCGCCGACAACCCCCAAUGCAGAAACCCAGAGGUUCAGAAACGUGUUGCAGCCUUCAUGCUGGCCAUGAGCUUUUGCACAGGUUUGCUCAGCGCCUACUCUGCCCCUCGGCUUGGACAGCUGUCCGAUAGAUAUGGUCGCCGGCGAUUACUUGCUCUUGCAUCCUGCGGUGGAUUGCUCGGCGAAUUCAUAACCAUCCUGGCCGCCAAGUUUCCCGACAUUGUUGAUUAUCGCUGGUUGAUGCUUGGAUCCAUCUUCGACGGCGUGACGGGCUCCUUCACGGCUGGACACAUCCUGACUCAAUCAUAUACAAGCGACUGCACGCCUCCAUCCAGACGUGCUGUGGCCAUUGGCUAUAUCCAUGCCUGUCUCUUCACCGGCUUGGCCGCGGGUCAGCUUUUGGGCGGAGAAAUCGUCAGAUUGACGGGAAGCCUGGUCUCAGUAUUUUACGUCUGUCUCGCGGCUCACUCUUUUUUCAUCGUGUUUGUCGCCUUUGUCAUCCCUGAUUCAUUGUCCGGAAACAAGAAGCUUGUCGCUCGCGAGAAGCAUCGCAAGGAAGAGGAGGCGCGCAGGGAACGAUCGGUAUCCUGGGUCUCUUGGGUGCGGGAGAGAAACCCCUUCUCAUCUCUCUCUGUUCUGUGGCCCAGGGGACAAGGAACCUCGACAAGACUCCGCCUCAACCUCUUGGCUUUAGCCACUUGCGAUAUGGUUAUCAUGGGAACCGCCAUGGCCACUGGCCAGGUUAUCAUGCUCUACGCCGAGUACGUGUUUGGCUGGCAGACUCCUGAAACGUCACGCUUCGUGGCCGCCGCCUCCUCCUUUCGAGUCGUUGUACUCAUGGGCUUCUUCCCAUUCAUCAACUACUUUUUUCGUGUACGACCUGCCGCCAAGAGAAGACGGCGAUCUGGUAUCACUCCUACGGAUAGGAACGGCGGAGCCGAUCAUUUGGACAUAUGGAUUCUCCGCAUCGCCCUUGUUUCGGAUAUCUUGGGGUAUGUCGGAUACAGUCUUGCCAGGGCCCCUGGGCCUUUUGUCGCCUGCGCCAUGGUCACUGCGUUCGGCGGGCUUGGAAGUGCAACCAGUCAAUCUGUCAUCACGAAGCACGUUCCACACGACAGGGUCGGCAGCGUUCUCGGUGCAAUUGGCAUGCUUCAAGCUCUCGUCAGAGUCAUUGGACCUGUGGCAUUCAACGGUUUAUACGCUGCAACGGUAGGUAGCUUUCCGCAGGCUAUUUUCGUCGCCAUCGCUGGUCUUUUCUCGUUUGCGCUGGUCUGCAGCUUUAUAAUCACGCCGUUCGUCUAUUGGCACGAGGACCACGAAGAAGAAGGGGAUGCGCGCGAGCCGCUCAAUUGA